AUGCUCUCAAAAAAACAUCUUAAGGUCAGUAGAAAACUGAUCUCUGGUCUCAGACAAUCUUUAUCUGAAGUAGAAGAAAUUUUACAAUCAAAAGAAGUUUUAAAAUCAUUGUCUUAUGAGAUCAGAUCAGAUGAAUUUAUCAAAUUGCCUCCCAAGUUGAAUUUUAAGCUUCCAAAUUUUAUCCCACAAAACAAUCAAGGACAGUUUUCAAAGUUAUUUGGUUCUUUGCCACCAUUAUCUAUCACAACAGAAGAACAUGGCUACACAAUGAAGACCCUCGGAUCUAUGUCUUCUCCUCCAUUUCAACAACUGCUUGAUGUACCAAAACUUAUCACUACCAUAAAAACCGAGUAUAAUAAACUGUACAAUGUUACAUGUCUUAGCGAUGUAGAUCUUCUUGUAAGCGGGAAUAACAAAAUCAUGAAAUUGUACAACCUGCAGGGGACAUUACUGAAUGAACUUAAAUACAUAUGUGAAAACAGGAACCUGGACAUCUGUGUGUCUGACUAUGGAUCCAAAGCCGUAGUUGUGGUCAAUCAGGCAGGGAAACUCCGAUUUAGAUACACUGGUCAAUCCUCUACUAGCAAAGAAACAUUUAAUCCAAUGGGGAUAACUACAGACAGCCAAGCUCAGAUUCUGAUAGCGGACGGUAACGACCACUGUAUCCACAUCCUUGAUCAAGACGGACAGUUUCUCAAUUACAUUGAUAACUGUGAUCUCUACUUUCCGUGGGGUUUGUGUGUGGAUAUAACAGACAAUCUAUUUGUUGCUGAGUAUGGUGGUAAAGUGAAGAAAAUCAAAUACAUGGAUUAG